GCCUUAGUGACUGGGUGUGGAGGGGUCAUAGGGCGGCUGAUUCAAGGAUGGCUCCAAGGUUUGGCUUGGGUGACGUCAAAUCUCAAAUCAGCGGGCGCCUCUGGUCCUUGUGCCCCCAAACCCUCCUGCCAGGGAGUCUUCCAGGCUCUCCUUACUCCUGCCCCCAGCCUCAUCCCCCUCUUACUGCCUGGAUACAGUGCUCUCUUCUUCACAAACAAGCCAGCUCCCAGCCCAUCCAUGGAGGUGGUAGUCAGGGCGGUUGCCACAGCAAUUAGCAUCAGCAGCCUGGUCCCAGAGGAGCCUGUCACCCUCCUGCCUGCCUGCAGUGCCUCCAUUAGCGCUUCUGCAGGAGUGAAGAGGAGGCAUUUGGGGACUCCCACCCUCAUACACACCCCAUUUUGAGGACUGGGUAGGGCUGGGAAGGGCCAGGGGCCAAGGGGGGAGAGGACGACGGGAGAGCAUCAGGGUAGGCGGGGCCUCUCUUUGGUGGCCUCUUGCCUUGGCUACGAGGCUCCAGCCCACUCGGCUCCUAGACAGAGGCAGAGAGAGGCGGCAGCAGCAGCAGCAACUGGGCCAUGGCAGAGGAUGGGCCAAAGCAGCCGCAGCUCAGCAUGCCGCUGGUCCUGGACGAGGACCUGACCAAGCAGAUGCGGCUGCGUGUGGAGAGCCUGAAGCAGCGUGGGCUGAAGCGCCAGGACGGCGAGAAGCUGCUGCGGCCGGCCGAGUCCGUGUACCGCCUCGACUUCAUCCAGCAGCAGAAGCUGCAGUUUGAGCGCUGGGACGUCGUGCUGGACCAGCCGGGCAAGGUCACCAUCACGGGCACCUCCCAGAACUGGACGCCUGACCUCACCAACCUCAUGACCCGCCAGCUGCUGGACCCCGCUGCCAUCUUCUGGCGCAAGGAGGAUUCAGACGCCAUGGACUGGAACGAGGCCGACGCCCUCGAGUUCGGGGAGCGCCUGUCGGAGCUGGCCAAAGUCCGCAAGGUCAUGUACUUCCUCAUCACCUUCGGCGAGGGCGUGGAGCCCGCCAACCUCAAGGCCUCCGUGGUCUUUAACCAGCUCUGACAGCAGCUGCUGGCUGCUGCCCUCUCCUUUCACCCUCCUGCCCUGCCCCUGCCUGUGCAUAUUUGGGGACAUUUUUCUAGCUGCUGGCCUGUACUCAGCUUCGCCGGGACUCCUGUGCCCGCAUCCUUUCUCUCUCCUUCCCCUGGUGCUCCUGCUCACGGAGGAAGAUACCAAGGCUCUGGAGUCUAGAAGCUGAACUAGCUGCCCGGCUGCCUCUGCUCCUGCUGUAGACCACGGAGGCCUGGUCGGGGCUAGUGUGGGACGAUGGAGGGGCCAGGGAUGCCUGCCUGCUCUCUGCCUCCUCGUUGGAGAGAGAGACUGAAGGAGACCAAGAGAGAGACAGACAGAGACACAAGUGAGAUGGGGUGAGAUCCAAAGAAACAGCCUCUGGAGAUGGAGACGGCAGAGCAGCCUCCUUGGGGAAUCCAGCAAACAGGCAUUUGCUACCCUCCCGGCUACAGCGCCCUUUGUCCAGAGGUGAACGCCCAGCCUGAGGACCCAGGAAAGCACCGCUCCUAGCAUGGGCCUGGCAUGGGCCCACGAUGCCUCAGGGGCCCUCAGGACAUCGGACAGGGUGGCUGUGGGGGUUGGUUUGGGCAGUGGGGAGUGGCUGGCAUGCUGGAGGCUGUGCAGGCCAGCUCUCACUCUCCUGAGAAUGACUUCAGAAUGGGAAAAAUGAAGGGGGACAUAAAUAAGUCAUAUAGAGAUGUAUCUAUCUAUACAUAUACAUAUAUAUUGAGAGAGAGCAUGCUAUAUUCAUAUGGAUAUAGAGUUUAUACCUGCCCUAUGCACAAGUCUGAUUUUAGAUUAUCUAUUACAUAUUUGCCCAGCGGGUUCACAGGUGGCCUUUAGCAGGGGCUUGAUCAGGAUGACCUUGGUGAGGGAGACUUCCUGAGCUGGGAGACUCAAGUUCAUAUAGUGAAAUAGAAACAAUAUAGUGAAGGGGUUUCCUUCUGCUUGGGGGAACCUGGAUGGAGGGGUCCAGAGCCUUGGAGCUGGGACAGUAGGUUCUCUGGGGACUCAGGUGUCCCCCUCUGGGACUUCAGGCUUUUUCCAGCUCACUGGUCAGGGAAGGUGAUUGUUUCAUCUAGUGUGGCAACCCUGGCAUCUUUAGUGGAGCUGAGGGGUGGGGUGGGAUGGCCUGGUAGGGCAAUUGUGAUGGCUGAUGGUCAGAAGUAGGCUGGAGGUGGCAGUGUGCUAUGACGAUAGAACACGGGUCUCAGAGGUCACUGGGCACAACCCACUCACCAAACAGGGAAACUGAGACACGAUGAUCAGCAGAUUCAGUUCCUGCCCCCAAGCCUCACUCCCCUUCACACUGCACAGGCCCAGUGAGCCCCAUUUGAGGGAGUGGCCCGACCUGCCUGGCAUCAGCUGAGGGCACCUCAGGAAGUACCUGCAACACCCUGUCUCAAGACCAGCCCUGGUUUUUGUCAGGGACCGGCCCAUGACAUAGGGUGGGGUGGGGUGGGGAUGGGGGUGAGGGGGCAAGCUCAGGACCCUGAGAACAGAUGCACUGAGAGAUGGAGGGUCAGAGCCGUUCCCACUGGCCGAGGCUGCUGGGAGGGCGGGCCCCCGCUUAGGUGUGUAAGCAGGCUUGGGUGUGGGAGCCUGGAUUCUUUGGGUGGGAGAUUGGCUGUGGUGUGACCUAUGGCCCUCUAACUCGCAGCUCUGGCUUGUUCCGGGACGUGCUUAACGUCCUGGCUUGCCCGCCUUGUUUCUCUACUGACCACUGGGGAAGGCUAAAUCCCCUGGGGAUGUCCCUGCCCUUCUGCUUCUUUGCUUGACCCCUGCUUGCAGCUCUGGGGAUCCUCUUAGUGCUGAUUGCCUGUACCCCUCCCUGCCCCACCACAUCCUCCCUGUGUGGGUGUGUGAGUGCCUCUGCUGUGCCCGCUAUGUGGCCCCAAUAAAGUCUGUGUGCUCACGCCUCCAUGGUGUACAGUCUCUCGCCAUGAGCCACCCCCUCCCUUUCAGGAGCUCUGACUUAGCCCUGAGCACCCGCUCCCCUGGCUUUCCCCCAUACUCUCAAUCCCUUUCCCUGCCGCUUUCAGGGAUGAGGCCCAGAGCAGCCAGGUGACUGGCCCAAGGUCACACAGCAAGAUGGCGUUUAGAACCAGGUUUCCUGAAACCCAACCAGGAACCAGUACCCCUUACAGCUUUUUCUGCAGUGGCCCCCAGACCAGCCUCUGUAGGGGCAUGAAGAGAGCUGUGCUGAGGCCACAGAGAGGUGCCAUUUAGUCCUCGGCAGGUGGGGCCCAGAGGGCAUGG